AUGAUCGCUGUCCGGGUCCCCUAUCAUGAGACAGUAUACGUUCCCGAAUACGUCCUGCACAAGGAGUCAUCGGUAUUCCAAGAGCUCAUUGAUCGCACCAACGGCACCUUGUUGCUGAAGCGUCAUGCCUGCCGAGCCUCCCUUCUGAUAUGGCUUGCCUCCGCAACCAAUGUCGUGGCGCCAGAACUUCUGAUCAAGGAUAAUAUGAUGACUGGGGUGCUGUGCGUCGAGUUCGCCUUCCACUAUCGCCUCUUCGAAUUCCACAACCGCGUCAUGAGACACAUCGGCAUGGCUAUUGGCGCGAGAGAAGCUGCCUGGUUCACUGAACUCUUCUUCCGACCAGAGUUCGAGAAAGCUCCAAUCAGGCAAAGACUGCUUGAUGUUGUCGCUGAGGCGGCUGACGACGAACAUCCAUUCGGUCCACUGGAUGAGUAUGGUUUAGAAGAGCUUGACGGUACUGGGUUUCUGGUCAUGUUCCACAGGACGGUGAAAGAGUUGAAGACACUUGGUCACUUGCCUCCGCGUGUGUUGGAUCAGUGGAAGCCGGAAGACUUGGAGUGA